UUACCUUUUCCUCCUGGCCCGAAGCCUUUGCCGCUAAUCGGGAACGCGUUUGAUAUGCCGCUGAACCAACCUUGGGAGACGUUCACGCAAUGGGGGAAGGACUAUGGGGAAGUUGUACAUGUGCAUGUAUUCAACCAAUCAAUCAUCAUCGUUAACACCGCUAAAGCUGCGAACGACCUCUUCGAGAAGCGGUCUUCCAUUUAUUCUGAUAGGCCGAGAUUACCUUUGCUUGGGGAAUUAACGGGCUUCGAUUGGGUCUUCGCGCUGAUGGUUUACGGUGAUUUAUGGAAGAAGUAUCGAAAACUCUUUAUCAGCAAAUUCGGUCCUGGGACGGUGCAGAUGUUCAAUCCGGCACAGGACUACGCAUCGACUAAAUUACUUGAACUUUUGCUCGAUAGACCCGAGGAGUUCGAGGAUCACGUUCGCUUACAUAUCGUACAGCAAAUUUUGAUGUCGGUCUACGGAUUCGCCCCGGAUUCACGAAACGAUGAUUUCGUUGUGCUUGCUGAGAGAGCGCUCAAUGCGAUCUCUGACUUGGCUCGUCCUGGGGCGUUCCUGGUCGAUGCAUUCCCGUUCUUGAAAAAAAUACCGUCGUGGGUUCCUGGCCAGUUCUACCACAAGAUGGCAGAGCAGUUGAAGAGUGACGUACAAGGGAUGCGUGAUGUGCCGAUCGUUGAGACGAAGGAUAUGAUGGCCAAUGGUACCUUACCGGUCCCUUGCUACGUCUCUGAACUUCUGGAGAAACAAGAACGCGAGAAGAAUGAGAAGUUUGAUCCGGAGCUGGAGAACAUCAUCAGAGAUACCGGCACAAUUGCAUACGGAGCUGGGUCCGAUACAUGUGUAGCAGCUCUAAAUGCCUUUUUCCUGGCCAUGGCCUUGAACCCUGAAGUUCAGCGGAAAGCGCAAGCGGAGAUCGAUUCCGUCGUUGGUUCAGCGCGAUUACCGACACAGACGGACAGGAAAGACUUGCCGUAUACCACUGCGGUAAUGAAGGAACUGUUGCGUUGGCAUGUAAUUGCUCCUCAGAGUCUGCCACAUAUGCUAAAGGAAGAUGAUGUAUACGAGGGCUACUAUUUGCCGAAGGGAGCUAUCGUACUCGGUAAUACGUGGGGUAUCCUACACGAUCCGGAAGUAUAUCCAGAGCCAAUGGAGUUCAAGCCAGAACGAUACAUCAAUGCAGCAGGACAACUCGAAUGCUCGAGUAACGAUCCUUCAAAGUUCGCAUUCGGUUACGGGAGACGGUAUUGUCCUGCGUUUUAUUACACGGAGGAUGCACUGCAUCUCGCCCUUGCUCGCAUACUGGCUACGUUCGAUAUAGGACUUGCGAAGGACAAGAAUGGAGCCGUCAUUCCUAGUGUACACCUCCCGACAUCGGGAAUCAUAUCGCAUCCAACCUCAUUUAAGUGCUCGAUCGCACCUCGGUCACAAGAGGCAGUCGCACUUAUCCGACAAGCGAGCGUGAACAUUAAGCAUUCCUUCAAGUCAUAGAUAUUAUCUUAUUCGUUAGCCUCUGACAUCAAGGAUGGGCGAUUCACUCCCUCCGACUAUAAAGCUAAUGCAAC